AUGCAAGUUUCUUAUGCUAAUGAAGUGAAAAUAUACAAUCUGAGUGCUGGAAAAUCACUACCAGAGUGGCUCACAGACAGAAAGAAACGUCAACUCCAGAAAAAUGAUUUAGACAUUCGGCAGCGAAUUGAGCUUAUCCAGGAUUUGGAGAUGCCUUCAGUCAGUUCCACAAUUGAAGCCACACCUGAUGGCAGUGCUAUUUAUGUCACAGGUGCCUACAAACCAAGAGUGAGAUGCUAUGAAUUAAGUAACUUGUCACUAAAAUUUGAACGAGGGCUGGACUUGGAAGUUGUCAAGACAAAGGUUCUUUCAGAUGAUUAUUCUAAAGUUGUCUUCCUUCAAGUGGAUCGUCACAUUGAGUUUCACAACCAGGCUGGCAUUUAUUACAGAACAAGAAUCCCCAAAUUUGGUCGUGAUAUGUCAUACCAUACACCUUCCUGUGAUAUGUAUAUUGUUGGUGCCAGCUCCCAAAUUUAUCGACUGAACCUUGAACUGGGGAGGUUCAUGACUCCUUUUCAAACUGAUGCUUUAGAACUUAAUUGCUGUGAACUGAAUCCCGAACAUCAUCUAUUUACUUGUGGGACAACGGGGGGUAUGGUAGAAUGUUGGGAUCCCCGUACAAAGAAACGAGCUGGUAUCUUAGAUUGUGCCUUAAACAAACAUGUCAAACAAAUGAAUAUUAAUGAUAUUCCUGCAGUGACAUCAUUAAAAUAUCAAAAUGCACUUCACUUUGGAGUUGGAACAAGUACAGGUCAUGUUUUGCUCUAUGAUCUUCGUUCUAGUCAACCACUUUUAGUUAAAGAUCAUAACUAUGACCUCCCCAUAAAGUCUCUCCAUUUUCAACAAGAGGAAAAUUUGGUUUUGUCUAUGGAUUCCAAAAUUCUGAGGUUAUGGAACCAACAUACUGGAAAGGCUUACACAGCAAUAGAACCAGGUGUACCACUGACAGCAUUAACAGUUUAUCCGAAAUCUGGUUUGAUCUUUAUAGCAAAUGAAGCCCCCAAGGUUCUUGUUUACUUUUUGCCAUCCAUUGGUACUGCUCCCAAAUGGUGUUCAUUCCUCGACAAUUUAACUGAAGAACUGGAAGAAAACAAAACCGAAACAGUUUAUGAUGAUUACAAAUUUGUGACAAGACGAGAGUUGGACGAUUUGGGCCUCACACAUCUUAUUGGUUCGAAGAUGUUGCGUGCAUAUAUGCAUGGCUUCUUCUUAGAUAUACGUCUUUAUCACAAAGCCAAAGCACUCACAGAACCAUUUGCUUACGAAAAUUACAAGAAGGAAAAAGUGCGUGCUGUUAUUGAGAAGAAUCGUGCAAGUCGAGUUAAAAUUGGAAAACUUCCCAAAGUCAAUAAAGAUUUGGCACGCAAAUUGAUGGAAAAUGAAGAAAAAAUCCCAACAUCAACAGCAAAAUUAAGCAAGGAAGAAGAAAAGGCUAGCGGCCUUUUGAAAGACAAACGAUUUGAAUCUAUGUUUACUGAUCCUAACUUCCAAAUUGAUCGUGAAAGCAGUGAAUAUCACCUGAUUAAUCCUCUGGUAUCAAAACUGGACCGAGUCAAAGCUAAGAAAGAACGACAACGACAAAUGGUGCAAAAGCAAUUUGAACCAGUGAAGGAAGAUUUAUUGGAGGGUCGAGCAAGUGAAGAAAGCAGUAGUGAAGACAGUGAAGAGGAUGAGAAACGAAUGAGAGUUGAACUGAAGAAGGCUCAUCGCAAAAUCCGAGAAAGAAACAAAAAUACAGAAGAAGAGGUGGAGGAAGAGAAACUUGUAGCAGACGAGAAGACAAACAAAAGAAAACCUGACAAUAAACCAAGAUUUUAUCAGAUUAAAGAAGGAGAUGACAUUUUGUCCAAGAGAAAAAAGAAGAACAAGAAAACUUUGUCAGAGAGAUUAGCAAGCAAUGAAAGUCAACCACAAGUUCAAACUGGCAUUCCAAAAGGUCACAUGGAAAUGACAUUCACUUUUAAAAAUGAUGACAAAGAAACAUCUGAAAAAGAUAAAGCCAAAAUGCAUCAUUUAGAACGUAAAAAGAUCCGAAGAACUGCCCAUGAAAUCACCCGUACAUUUAAGAAUAAACCCAAGGACCGCUUCCUUGUUGACUGUCCAGGAGAAUGUUGCAAAGAAGCAGCCACUCCAGCGCACAUGUCUUGUCGUUUCAUUUUACGACCCGUCCGUGGUUUAUCUAGUACACUUCCUAAAGUAAACAAUUUCUUCUCCCAACGUAAUAUAGUGAUUUUAGGCGGUGCCGGAAUGCCAAACCUCUCCUCAAAACGUUUACGAAUUGUGGACAUUUUCUCUUUGGUAUGUGGUCGUUCGUGUGCCCAUGUACUAACUACUGCUCGCUGUUCAACUGUGUACUCAUUCGUACGGGCGACGAUGGGGAAUUGA